UCGCUGCACUUCCCUUAUAUCUCAUUUCACCUGGAACUUCAUUAGGAAACUCCUCAAACUCCUCAACUGAAAAUAUGAAGAAGCAAGGUUCAGACGGCAAUUCUGCUCCAGUUUUGCCAGCGCUGCCAGAACCACUCAAAGAUCUGAAAAUAAAGUACACCAAGAUAUUUAUAAACAAUGAGUGGCAUGACUCAAACAGUGGUAAGAAAUUUGGAGUCUUUAACCCAGCAAAUGAGGAGAAAAUCUGUGAGGUUGAAGAAGGCGACAAGGCAGAUGUAGACAAGGCUGUUAAAGCGGCUAGAAAAGCUUUUGAGCUUGGGUCGCCCUGGCGUACAAUGGAUGCUUCAGAGAGAGGAAGGCUCUUGAAUAAACUUGCUGAUUUAGUUGAAAGAGAUCGGCUGAUUUUAGCUACAAUGGAAGCUAUUGAUGGUGGGAAACUCUUUUCCACUGCCUACCUGAUGGAUUUAGGUGCCUGUCUCAAAACACUACGCUACUGUGCAGGCUGGGCUGAUAAAAUCCAUGGGCGUACCAUUCCAAUGGAUGGAAACUUUUUUACAUUCACAAGACAUGAGCCUAUUGGAGUGUGUGGCCAAAUUCUUCCUUGGAACUUCCCAUUGGUAAUGUUCAUCUGGAAGAUAGCCCCUGCCCUUUGCUGUGGAAACACGGUGGUUGUCAAGCCAGCAGAGCAAACUCCACUGACUGCUCUUUACAUGGGAUCCUUAAUUAAAGAGGCAGGAUUUCCACCUGGAGUUGUGAAUAUUGUGCCAGGUUUCGGACCCACUGCAGGAGCAGCAAUUUCUCACCACAUGGAUAUAGAUAAAGUAGCUUUCACGGGCUCAACAGAGGUUGGCAAACUGGUUAAAGAAGCAGCAGGGAAGAGCAAUCUGAAGAGAGUUACAUUGGAACUGGGAGGAAAAAGCCCUAACAUUAUAUUUGCCGAUGCAGACUUGGACAGCGCUGUGGAAUUUGCACAUAUCGGUCUGUUUUACCACCAGGGACAAUGUUGUAUAGCAGGAUCCCGGAUUUUUGUGGAAGAGCCUAUUUAUGACGAGUUUGUUCGCCGCAGCAUUGAAAGAGCAAAGAAAUACACUCUUGGAAAUCCUCUGUUGCCUGGUGUACAGCAAGGCCCUCAAAUUGAUAAGGAGCAGUUUGGCAAAAUCCUAGAGCUAAUUGAGAGUGGGAAAAAAGAAGGAGCCAAACUGGAAUGUGGAGGAGGUCCAUGGGGAAACAAAGGUUACUUCAUCCAGCCCACGGUGUUUUCAAAUGUUACAGAUGAUAUGCGCAUCGCCAAAGAAGAGAUAUUUGGACCGGUUCAACAAAUCAUGAAGUUUAAAACUGUAGAUGAAGUUAUCAAGAGGGCAAAUAAUACUACCUAUGGCUUAGCAGCAGCAGUUUUUACCAAAGACAUUGACAAAGCACUGACGUUUGCAGCUGCCCUUCAGGCUGGAACAGUGUGGGUUAAUUGUUACGGUGCAUCAUCUGUUCAGUGUCCUUUUGGAGGAUUUAAGAUGUCAGGAAAUGGACGAGAAAUGGGAGAGUAUGGCCUGCAUGAGUACACAGAAGUUAAGACUGUCACGAUCAAAAUCCCACAGAAGAACUCGUAAUGCUGCUUGAGGUGCAGAAUGUAGUGCCUUCGGAAGAAUCUGAAUUCUGAAAGGCUUUGUCUCCCAAAUCAUUCAUUAAUCUUUUUGCUUCCUGACUGUAUAAGUGGUACUUCAUUACAUUAACAAUACGAAGAGCAAUGUAGAACAUUUUAAUGUGCUUAACUGUGGAAAGGAAACUUCAGUGUUUGCUACAUGGAUAACUAAGUUUUAAAUUCAUGUUUGCAAAGAGCAGUGUUUUCAUUUCAGUGGAAGGUCUCUGUAGUGCUCUGACGAUGUUCCACUUUCAAUAUAUUCUGCAGAUAUGGUUUGAAUUUAUGCGCUUUUCUAAAGGACAAGACCUCCGCCUUUUCUUUUCAUUGUGGCCUUAACAAAAGCACUUACGAUCAAUUAGCAGAUAGAUACUUUUCUGUGACUUUAGAAAACAUAGAUUUCUUCUAGACACAUUUCUCAGACUACUGAAUCUGUUCAUCAUAGUACACAAUGUAAUCUGGAAAUUAUUAGACCGUAUUAAAAUCUGCCUUCAAACCCUCA